AGCAUUCUAAUAAUGGCGGAAGGACGUGUAGCUUUUAUGGGGAGAGCACAGGAUGCAUUGGCGUUUUUCUCAAGUGCGGGUUACCCAUGCCCAAAGACGUUCAAUCCGGCAGACUUCUAUGUACUGACGCUAGCCGUACGUCCCGGGAAAGAAGACGAAUGUAAAGAAAAGAUUGAGAAUAUAUGCGACAAAUUUGACUCGUCGACUUACUCCAAGACUAUCAAAAAUAUAUCCGAUGCCACCACAGUCGAAACAGACCAUUUGCAAAUAAAGGAUAGUAUUUUGAAAGAAGACAGGUAUGUUGGAAUUUUUUAA